UCCCACUCUGUAUAACCCCUUCCUCAUUCCUACCUCCUUCAUUCGCCGUCACUCUCCAGAGGAUCCCUAGCCAGACCAGAGGGAAAUCUGCACAACAGCAACCAAAAUGAAGUACAACCCUCGUGUUAGCUCCUCUCGCCGGAAAAACAGGAAGGCCCACUUCACCGCCCCAUCAAGCGUUCGUCGAGUCCUGAUGAGUGCACCUCUCUCUGGUGACCUUCGCCAGAAAUACAACGUCCGGUCUAUGCCGGUACGUAAGGAUGAUGAAGUGCAGGUUGUGCGAGGAACCUACAAGGGUCGUGAGGGAAAGGUGGUCCAAGUCUAUCGCCGGAAAUGGGUGAUCCACAUAGAGCGCAUAACCAGAGAGAAGGUCAAUGGAUCUACCGUCAAUGUCGGUAUCUGCCCCUCUAAGGUAGUCAUCACCAAGCUGAGGCUCGACAAGGACCGUAAGUCCUUACUCGAUCGCAAAGCUAAGGGCCGUGCAGCCGCCGACAAGGAUAAGGGAACCAAAUUCACCGCCGAGGAUAUCAUGCAAAGCGUUGAUUAAAUUUCGUUGAGGUUUCGUUUGAUUACUAGUUGCAUAACAUUUAAAGUUUUUAGGAUAAUUUUUUAUAUAAGAGCGAGGAUUUAAGUAAUGGGUUUUGUUUCAUUUUGAUUUUUAUCUACUUUAUAUUACUUGUUAAAUCUGGGAAUUUGUUUGGUGCUUAAUGGUCUCCAUGGAUUUCUUUUU